GUAAGUUCCUGCUGUGGCUUGAGGGAAACAGAUCGACAUCUAGCCACGGGAGAAUCGCACUUUGCGGCCUGUGGAAGCCCCCUCCCUGAGCAAUGGCCUCACCGGUCUCUGUCUACAACUCCAACGCCUUGGACACGCACAUCUCCAGCACCUCCAGAGAGUCUCUAAAAAUGGAGUUGUUAGCAGACGUGUGUCUUCUGCCAGGAGAGGACAGAAUUAUAGAUAAAGACAUCAUCUACAUCUGUCCAUUCAUUGGAGCAGUGAAAGGCAAAGUGUUAAUCACCAACUACAGACUCUACUUCAAGAGCUCUGAUGGAGAUGUGGUGGUGACGCUGGACGUUCCUUUGGGUGCAAUCGGCCGUGUGGAGAAAAUGGGUGGGGCAUCAAGCCGAGGUGAAAAUUCUUACGGCCUGGAUAUCACCUGCAAGGACAUGAGGAACCUGAGGUUUGCGUUGAAGCAGGAGGGCCACAGCAGACGAGAUAUCUUUGAGCUCCUCUUCAGACAUGCUUUCCCCCUCUCACAUGGUCUGGCUUUGUUUGCAUAUGUGACUCAGGAGAAGUAUGAGGAAAAUGGCUGGAAUGUCUACAAACCUAUGGAGGAGUUCAGACGCCAGGGAUUACCUAAUAACAAGUGGCGUAUUACAUUCAUCAAUAGAAACUAUGAGCUGUGCGACACCUACCCCACUGUAUUGGCCGUCCCCUUUAAAAGUAAAGAGGAGGACCUCAGAAGAGUCGCCGCCUUCAGGUCAAGAGGACGAAUACCGGUUCUGUCGUGGAUCCACAGGGAAAACCAGGCAGUGAUCACCCGCUGCAGUCAGCCUCUGGUUGGCAUGUCUGGUAAAAGGAACAAGGAUGAUGAGCGCUACUUGGACCUGAUCAGGGAGGCGAACGACACCACCAAGCUUACCAUAUAUGAUGCCAGGCCCAGUGUCAACGCAGUGGCCAACAAGGCCACUGGGGGAGGUUACGAAGGUGAUGAGUACCAGAAUGCGGAACUCAUCUUCUUGGACAUCCAGAACAUCCACGUGAUGAGGGAAUCCCUGAAGAAACUCAAAGACAUUGUCUACCCAAACGUGGAGGAGUCCCAUUGGCUGUCCAGCUUAGAGUCCACACACUGGCUAGAACAUGUUAAGCUGGUGUUGUCAGGAGCCAUCCAAGUAGCAGACAAGGUUUCUAGUGGAAACUCAGUGGUGGUUCACUGCAGCGACGGCUGGGACAGAACUGCCCAGCUCACCUCUCUGGCCAUGCUGAUGCUGGACAGUCACUACCGCACACUCAGAGGAUUCCAGGUGCUAAUUGAAAAGGAAUGGAUCAGCUUUGGGCACAAAUUUGCCUCAAGGAUAGGUCACGGAGACAAGAACCAUGCAGAUCAGGACAGAUCACCCAUCUUUGUUCAGUUCAUUGACUGUGUAUGGCAGAUGACUAAACAGUUUCCUACAGCCUUUGAGUUUAAUGAGCGCCUCCUGCUGACAAUUCUGGAUCAUCUCUACAGCUGUCGGUUCGGGACUUUCCUCUAUAACUGUGAGAGUGCACGAGACCAGCAUGAGCUGAGGUCAAAGACAGUGUCCCUCUGGUCUCUGGUCAACAGUAAGAUGGACAUUUAUUUAAAUCCCUUCUACACACCUGAGUCAGGCCGGGUGCUCUACCCAGUCGCCAGCAUGCGCCACCUAGAGCUGUGGGUUACAUACUACAUCCGCUGGAACCCACGUAUACGACAACAGGUAAUGAUACAGCAGAGUCCAGUGGAGCAGCGCUACAAGGAGCUGUUGGCCCUCAGAGACGAGUACUUGAAGAAGCUGGAAGAGCUGCAGCUGUCCGACUCCUCCCCUUCCUCUCGUUUGGGGAACAGCUCCACUCCCAACACAUCCUCCUCCACCUCGUCCACACCAUCACAGCAAUACACACACCUACAAACUCCCUUCUGAGGGCUGCUCUCACACACAAACACACACACUCUGUCUCUCUCUCUCUCUGAUACUUGU